AUGGCCUUCGAUCCUGAAGACGAGUCCGAGCAAGCCGCCGCCAGUGCCCAACAGGAUUUGGAGAACGAGCAAGAAAUUGCGCUCAUGCCUUGCUACCAAAUGUACACAGACGCCGGUUACAAAGCCCAGCGCUUUGUAGGCUCGUUAAAGAUCGACCAGCCUCAAGGCGAGCCGUUGCCAGUUCUGUGCACCACACGAGCCAUGCUACCCGGCGAGCUAGCACUCGUGCUGCCGGCAGUUGCCAUGGCUGAGGGUGGCUUCCAGCAAGUUCCGGAGCUGGAGGAUUUGCAUGCCAUUCUCCUGGAAGAUGGACCCAGUCCUCCACAGCGCCGCGUCUUGUCAUUACUGGAGUCUCUCCGUCCAGGACCCACAUCACCAUGUCCAUCUACACCAUCCCCUUCCUCCUCCGCUACCUCUGGCCCUUCGUCCACUCCAAACAAUCCGGAGGACCCUCCUGCGUCCCCGACAGCCGCCGCGACCGAAGCCAAGGCAUCGACUGCUUCACCACAGCCACCUCAAACACUCCCUCACCUGUCAACACUGGACGUCAAGUUCUGGUCGAGUCGUGGGCGCGACACCGCAGCAGCAGGUAUAGAUUCCAGGCGGCUGUUGCGGUUGCUUAGCCGCACUGCCAUUGCCGACGACUCCCAGGACCCGGCGGCUAUGCAGGCGCGCCACCAGAAGCCCAUGGGCUAUGUGGGCCUGUGGCCGGAGGCGGCGCUAAUGGGUCAUAGCUGCGUUCCAAAUACGUCACAGCUGGUGGUGGCUGAUCGUAUGUUUGUCCACCUAGCGGAAGAGCUGCCGCCGGGGGCCUCGCUGACGAGGAACCUCAUUGGCGCAGCCGUGACGGCACCGCUGGAUGUACGGCAGAACGCAGUGGCGGAGGCGAUGGCGGAGCAGGGUGUCGCGGUGGGGGCGGCUGUUGCGGAGUUGCCGUCGUCAUCGUUGUCACCACUCCUCCACGCGUGCCAUUGCGCGCGAUGUCAGCUGGAGGCGUCGGUUUCGGAGCAGCUUCGGGACACGUUGGCGGAGGCGCAUGCCUGGUACGUGAACGAGGCCAGCGAGGCGUGGAACCGCGCCAACGAAUCCGAGGAUUUGGCGCUACUACGUGGGCUACUGGAGGAGUGUGAGACGAUUGUGGCCGAGGUGGAGGAGGCGGUGCAAGCGGAGCCCGGUUUGGACGAUGAACAGCAGGAUUGGCUACGCGCAUCUGCAUACGACGUGUACGAUAUGCUUGUCACGUUGGACGAGCUGGUUAACCAGGACUCUGCUGACCCGGAUAUUCUGCGGACGUGUCUGGAACUUAUUCGCGUUCAUUCCCCAGGCUCUGGAAGUCACUUGAUGGUGGCACUGAAGCACGAGGCACUAAGGCGGCAUCGUUUGGAAGUGUUUAGCGAUAUCCUCAAACGGGACCGCGGCGCGGCGCGCAAGGCUAUUUCCAAGGGCGACAAGCGCAAGCUCGUGGCGCUUAAGACCGCGGCGGAUGUUGCGACGGAGUUUCGUAUCGAGGCAGCGGUGCUGAGGUACGGUCUCGUGACGGAGGACAUCUUGGCGCAGCUGACAGAGGGCUUGGAGACGUAUGUGGAAGGGUUGGAGCAGCUGAGUGUCAUGCAGGCGCAGGGCAUGACGGAGUUGACCCGGGAGAUGGAGGUGGACGGAAUAAAGGUGCAGAUUGUGGACCGGUUGGAGGUUUCGGAGGCGGCUCGGGCGGGGCCGGGGGCUAAGGUGGUGAGCAGUAAGGAUGGCGUGCAGCUGAUGGUUGUUGAGGAUGCAGGAGCAGCAAUGGAGAUGUCGGGUUUGGGAGGGGGGAUGGUGGAGUCCUGGCAGGCGGAAGACGAGGUGGAGGAGGAGGGGGCAGCGGAGUUGAUGGAUGGGGAGGAAGAAGAGGGGGAAAUAAUCGAUCUGGAGGUUGAUCCCGAUUUGGAUUUCGAUGUGGAUUCAGCGGUGCAGGCGGCAGUGGAUGCGGCGCUGGCAGGAGGGUUGGUGGAGAACGAGUCGGAGGAUGUGGAGGGAAAGGAUGGUUUGCAGGGUCGGCCUGGGACUGUUGUGGUGACGCCAAGUCGGUAGUAAGUAGCGUUAUUAAUGAUGGUGCGCAGGGAUGUGCUUUUACUACUUCAAUUAUGCAGUGGGUAGUUGAAUAGGCCAGACCAUUGUCAAUGCAUUACGUUAUUAGGUAUAUUGGAUUGUUUUGGCACAGUGUAUUCUUUUGGCUGAUGAACAAUGUCAUGUCGGUAAGAAUUGUGCACACACUGCUGCCUAGUAUGCUGUACUAAAUUACGACAUGCAAGUAUUCUAUCCACACAUAUAUAACAUGCAAUGGGAAAAUCCACAUCUUUCUCAAUUGUAACAAACCAUUCUCAG